AUGCGAGUGGUUGUUUUUGGUUCCAUCCACGUUGUUUUGGUGUCAUAUCUCGGACCCCUCUUAACACGUCUGUCUCUUAAGGAGCGUACAGAUCUUCCUCACCUUAUUGCCGACCUCAAGGUUGGCACUUACGACUCCUUGGGGGACUGCUCGUUUGCCGGUAAUCAGUUCUUCUUCAGUGCCCACCUCCUGCAGCCCAAAGAUACCAACGAGUUCUACUGCACGGAAGUGCUAGACGCCUUCUUUCUGCAUCGAAUGAAGAAAAUUCGUGGCCUCGACUGGUCGUGGCCACACAGAGAGGAAGCCGAGAUGCAGGCCAGGUCUGUCCUCGAGAAUUCAGUUGGUCCAUUACUGCUGGCCUCUUUUAACGCCAAUGCCUAUGUCUGGAAGCAGUUGGAUAAGGAGCGUGGCACGGAUAUUUCGUCGUCUCCUCUGCUGCGUUUCUGGCAUCCGAGUGUGUCUUUGAUAAACUUCGAUUAG